UUACAGGGACCCAUGGAAGCAGAAUCUGGGGCCAAUGGGACAGCCGUCACUGAAUUCAUCCUGCUGGGCUUGGUGGACACACUGGCGUUCCUACCACUUGUCUUUGUGCUCUUCCUCUUUGCCUACCUGCUCACAGUUGGGGGCAACCUCAGCAUCCUGGCUGCCAUCUUGGUGGAGCCCAAACUCCACACCCCCAUGUACUUCUUCCUGGGGAACCUAUCAGUGCUGGAUGUUGGGUGCAUCACAGUCACUGUUCCCUCAAUGUUGAGUCGCCUCUUGUCCCACAAGCGUGCAGUUCCCUAUGGAGCCUGCCUCACACAGGUUUUCUUCUUCCAUCUCCUGGUUGGUGUGGACUGCUUCCUAUUGACAGCCAUGGCCUAUGACCGGUUCCUGGCCAUCUGCCGGCCCCUCACCUACAGCGCCCGCAUGAGCCAGAUGGUUCAGAAGAUCCUGGUGGCUGUGUCCUGGGCUUGUGCCUUCACCAAUGCACUGACCCACACUGUGGCCAUAUCCACACUCAACUUCUGUGGUCCCAAUGUGAUCAAUCACUUCUACUGUGACCUGCCACAGCUUUUCCAGCUCUCUUGCUCCAGCACCCAACUCAAUGAGCUGCUGCUUUUUGGUCUGGGUAUCCUCAUGGCCGGCGCACCUGUGGUUCUUAUUGUCACCUCCUACAUCCACGUGGCAGCUGCAGUCUUGCGAAUCCGCUCAGUGGAGGGCAGGAAGAAGGCCUUCUCCACAUGUGGCUCCCACCUCACUGUGGUUGGCAUCUUCUAUGGGACAGGCAUCUUCAGCUACAUGCGUCUGGGUUCAGUGGAGGCUUCAGACAAGGACAAGGGGAUUGGCAUCCUCAACACUGUCAUCAGCCCUAUGCUGAACCCACUCAUCUACAGCCUCCGGAACCCUGAUGUGCAGGGUGCCCUGCGCAAAGUGCUCAUGGGGAAGCGAGCCCCUGCAUGA